CUUGCCCAAGGUGAAGGCAAGAACCUAGAACACCCCGGAAUUGGUACAGGGCUCUUUUAAUCCCAUCCCAUUGUUAUACAUGGGUUCUAGAAUGAACAGGUCAAUGCUGUGAGAUGGGUUCCAGGUGUAAAGGGGAGGGACUAUGAGGUGACAUUCUAGAAGGAUAGGGUAGGACAGGAGGCAUAUGACUAUUCCCUCACAAACAGGGCCUUUGGGGCAGCCAUGUCCUACUUCAUGUCUCCCCAGACUCAUCCAGGUCUUCUACCUUCUAACCAAGGUGGGGCUGCUUCUCCGGGUUCGUCCCUUGGCCUCUAUAGUCCUACAGAGCCAGUGGUGGUGGCCUCUGGUGGAUUAGGCCCACUGAACCAGAAAGCGGAGCAGGUGGUACCUGCUGCCCAGACCUGGGGCCCCACCCUGGCAGUGCCUGAAGCCAGGGUCUGCUCUGGGGGUGCUAGCUGGGAGAUACCACGGAGGAAGGAGUACAGCCGAUACUGCCACAAAUUCCCCAACGUGAGGCAACCAGAGAGCUUGGGCUGGGAGAAUGGCUGCUCCAGAAGCAGAGCUCCCCACCUGAGUGGCCCCAGCAGGCCUGGGCCCCUGCUGCUGUGUGGGCUGUCACCAGGGGUUCUGCCAGUGCCCUCUGAGGCAGUGGAGAAGGAGGCCGGCUCCCAGCCUGACAUCUGCAUCCUUACCCUGGCUAUGAUGAUCGCCGGCAUCCCCACCGUGCCUGUCCCAGGCCUGCGGGAAGAGGACCUGAUCCGGGCAGCUCAAGCUUUCAUGAUGGCCCAUCCAGAGCCUGAGGGAGCUGUGGAGGGAACGCGGUGGGAGCAAGUGCAUGCCCACUCAGCUUCUGGGCAGAUAUCCCUAAUGAGAUCCAGGAGGGGCCAGCCUCCUGGCUCCUGCUUGUAGCUGGAUGAAAUAGCACCAGACACAUAGGGUG